CUACAAACAAUAACUUGAUCAUGGGAUCACAACUAACAGAGCAUGGUACUAGUAAUUUGAGCGUAGUGAUGUUCCCAUGGUUAGCUUAUGGACACAUUUCACCAUUUCUAAACGUAGCCAAGAAACUCGCGGACAGGGGAUUCUUGAUUUACCUCUGCUCUACGCCGAUUAAUCUCAAAUCCACCAUCAAGAAAAUCCCUGAAAAGUAUGCUGAUUCGAUUCAGCUUAUCGAACUUCACUUACCAGAAUUACCUGAACUUCCUCCUCAUUACCAUACGACUAAUGGUCUCCCGCCCCAUCUCAAUCACACCCUUAAAAAGGCCCUGAAAAUGUCCAAACCAAACUUUUCAAAAAUCUUGCAAAAUCUGAAAUCUGAUUUGGUGAUUUAUGACAUAAUGCAGCAAUGGGCUGAACGUGUCGCGAAUGAACAGAACAUUCCAGCAGUGAGGCUACUAACUUUUGGUGCGGCUGUGUUAUCAUAUUUUUUUAACUUAGUAAAGAAACCAGGGGUUGAAUUCCCUUUCCCUGCUAUUUAUCUCAGCAAAAUUGAACAAGUAAAAUUGGGUGAAAUGAUGGCCAGAUCUGCUAAAGAUCAAGAACCUGAUGACGAUGAUCAAACAGCUGAUGGAACUACACAGAUCGCGUUGAUGUGUACCUCUAGAAUUAUAGAGGCCAAAUACAUAGAUUUUUUGUCUGAAUUAAGCAAUUGGAAAGUUGUUCCAGUUGGUCCACCAGUCCAAGAUUUGAUCACUAAUGACGUGGACGACAAGGAGCUCAUGGAUUGGCUAGGAACAAAAGAUGAGAAUUCAACUGUAUUUGUCUCCUUUGGGAGUGAGUAUUUCUUGUCAAAAGAAGAUAUAGAAGAAGUAGCUUUCGGGUUGGAGUUAAGUAAUGUUGAUUUCAUAUGGGUCGCAAGAUUUCCAAAAGGGGAAGAGCAAAAUCUCAAAGAUGCUUUACCAAAAGGUUUUCUUGAAAGAAUUGGAGAAAGGGGAAGAGUUUUGGACAAAUUCGCACCACAACUAAGAAUUCUAAAUCAUACGAGUACGGGAGGAUUUAUAAGUCAUUGUGGUUGGAAUUCAGUAAUGGAAAGUAUAGAUUUCGGGGUCCCUAUAAUUGCCAUGCCUAUGCAUCUUGAUCAACCAAUGAAUGCUAGGUUGAUCGUAGAAUUGGGAGUUGCGGUGGAGAUUGUUAGAGAUGAUGAUGGCAAAAUUCAUAGAGGAGAAAUCGCGGAAACUCUUACAGAUGUCAUAACAGAGAAAACGGGGGGAAAUUUAAGGGCAAAAAUGAGAGAUAUUAGCAAGAAUUUGAAUUCUAUAAGAGGUGAAGAGAUGGAUACUGCUGCUCAAGAGCUAAUCCAAUUUUGUAAGAUUAGUACUAAUUAACAUAAUUAUAUUGUAUGUGAG